AUGUGGCCUCAUUCAACUUCUACGAUCAUUAGACAAACUUUUGAACAUGAAAAUCCUAUUCAUUCAAGUGCAAUAACAAAUGUAACAACAAGUGUAUCAUCGACAGCAUCAAUAAUACAAACAAUUGCUACACCAAAUGAUAUUUAUGAUUCACGUAUAACAAAACCAUUUGCUCUUAUUUGUUUAUUUGUUGGUAGCAUUGGAAAUUCAUUAUCGUUUAUUGUUUUUAACCAAAAACAAUUACGAAAACAUUCAACAUUUCGUUAUUUAGCUUAUUUAUCAAUUGUGGAUUUAAUUGUACUUUAUUUAGGUCUAGGAAAUAUUAUAUUACGUGAUUAUUUUUCAUUUGAUAUAAGAGUACAAAAUUUAUUUCUAUGCAAAUUUCAUACAUUUUUAACAUAUGUUACAACACAAUUAUCAUCAUGGAUAUUAACCAUUGUUUCAAUUGAUCGUGCCAUUGCAUGUACAGUUAUGCAAUUAAAUAAACGUAUAUGUCGACCGAAAUCAACUGAUCGAAUAUUUCUUAUCAUGUGUAUAAUUAUCUCAUUAAUAAAUAGUCAUAUUUUAUUAUUUAUGGGUUCAAAACGUACCAUAAUUCAUUCAUCGAUUCAUAAUAUAUCAACAUAUCAAGAUAUUAUUAUAUGUACACAUAAUACAUCAAGAACUUAUUUUAAAUUUUUUGAAAAACCUUACAAUAUAAUUGAUCUUUUAUCUUAUGUACUCAUUCCAUUUAUUAUAAUGACAAUAUGUGCUGGUAUCAUAGCUUAUCGUCUAUUUUUUUCAUUACGUCAUACAACAGUACGUAUAGCAGUUAAAGGAAAAACACGUAAAGGAACACGACGUGCUAAACAAGUAUCAUAUAUGUUAUUAACAUUAAAUUUAGUUUUUGUUAUAUUAUUAACACCUAUUGUUAUUGGUCAAAUAUUUCAAGAACUAAAUCAAGAAUAUCGAUAUCGUUUAUAUAAUUCAAUAACAUUAUUAAUGUCAUAUUCAAAUCAUGCAUUAAAUUUUGUUCUUUAUGGAAUAGCAUCACCACAAUUUCGUUUAACAUUAAAACAAUUACUAGGUUUGGAAAGUUCUUAUGCAAGACAAAGACGUUUACAUACAUUUGGUUAUUGUACUUCAACAGCUUUUUAA